AGAUAUCGAUAUUGGGCCAAGUAAACAACUGCCGAGUGCGUCAGUUGCUGCAAGGCCGUAUAAGUUAGUUGCUGAGGAAUUGCUGUAAUGAGUGGUGGUGUGCGCCUGGGACCGAUCGCGAUGCAAUUCACUUUAGUAUGCGUGAAACGCCUUGUCAUUAGGGCUUCUAUCGGAUUUUAGCUGAAUUUUGGAACUUGGGUUUGAAUGAUUGGUUAUUGUUAUGAGCAAUAUGUUAAAGAUGAAAAUUAGUCAACUAUAAUUACAAAAGACUGAGACAACAUUUGUGACACCACACCGAAAUUUGUGGCCUCAGCCUAUUUGUACAGCCAACCAUGGAUUCUGUGAGGGUGGCUGUUCGCGUUCGCCCCUUCAAUCAAAGGGAGAUCGAUAUGAACGCCCAGCUCUGUAUAUCGAUGAACGGGAGGAAGACGACCAUCACUAAUCCCAAGCCUGGUGAACGAGUGGACACGACCAAGUGCGAGGAUGUCAAGGAGUUCACAUACGACUACUCGUACUGGUCGCUGGACCCGCAGCAGCCCGUCUUUCACUCUCAGGAGGAGAUUUAUCAGAAUCUUGGCUCCGAUGUCGUGGACAAUGCCUACGACGGAUACAACGCCUGUGUUUUCGCCUAUGGCCAGACGGGCAGCGGGAAAACCUACACCAUGAUGGGCACUCAGGCGGAGCGGGGUCUGAUUCCCCGGAUCUGCUACCGCCUGUUUGACAAGAUGGAACUGUCCAGCGAUGUGCGCUACCGUACAGAAGUCAGCUACCUCGAGAUCUACAACGAACAGGUGAAGGACCUGCUACAGAAGCAGCAGAGUCACUCGCUGAGGGUGCGCGAGCACCCUCAGACUGGUCCUUACGUGGAGCAGCUCUCCAGGCACCUGGUCUCAUCCUACUCGGAUAUAUCGGAGCUGAUUGAGCGCGGUAACACCCACCGAACCACGGCCAGUACGGGGAUGAACGACACCAGCUCACGGAGUCACGCCAUCUUUACCAUCGGCUUCACACAGGCGGCGCUGGUGGAGGGCCUGCCCAGCGAGCGUACAUCCAAAAUCCAUCUGGUCGACCUGGCCGGCAGUGAACGUGCCAAGGCAACGGGCGCCACUGGCUGCCGUUUGCGGGAGGGCGCACACAUCAACAAGUCUCUGGUGACACUCGGCUCUGUGAUCUCGGCACUGGCGGAGGCCGGUCACCGUCACACCCCGGGCGGACGCACCCCGUUCGUGCCCUACCGAGACUCGACACUGACCUGGCUGCUCAAGGACAGUCUCGGUGGUAACGCCAAGACGGUUAUGAUUGCCGCCAUCUCCCCGGCCGACGUGAACUACGGUGAGACGCUCAGCACGCUGCGGUACGCCCACCGCGCCAAGUCCAUCCUCAACAAGCCGACAGUGAACGAGGACCGCAACGUGCAGUUGAUCCGCGAGCUGCGGCAGGAGAUUGCCCGACUGAGGGCGCUCAUCGAGGGCGCUGGAGAGUCGCCUCGGGCGCUGGAGUUGAUACAAGAGAAGGAGGCCCGGGCGGACGAGAUGACCAACCAGUGGAUGGAGGGCUGGCGGGAGACACAGAAGAUCCUUCAGGAGCAGCAGACACUCGGACUGAGAAAGUCGGGAGUGGGCGUGGUGCUGGACUCGGACCGCCCUCACCUCAUUGGUAUUGACGACGACCUGACUAGCACGGGCAUCACGCUCUACCAGCUGAAGUCGGAGAGGACGACGCUGGGCGCGGCUGCCGACUGUGACAUCGUGCUGGAGGGGGCCGGCAUCGCCGACCACCACUGCGUCAUCACGCUGUCUGACCAGCUGGGCGGCCUGCUGACCGCCAUUGGGGACGCCGUCUGCACUGUCGACCAGACGGACGUGGAGCGAGAGCAUCGGCUCACUCAGGGGUGCGUCAUCACGCUGGGCGAAUGCUCCAUGUUCCGGUACAACAGCCCGGCAGAGGCGGCGCGACUGAGGAGGGCCGGGGUGCGCCGCGCCUCCUCCCGGCUCUCGGUACUCUCCCUCUCUGCCUGCGACCUGGCUGCUACGCGCAGUGUCGAGAGCCUGCUGACCGCCGAGAAAAGGCUGUCCUGGGGCAGCGCCCGGGAGCUGUCUCGGGCCCGCCAGCGCAGCCAGCCGUCACUCAGCCGGGCGCGGCUCUCUGUGCUCGGUGACUCUCUGCUACAGACAGCACCGGCCGGAGGACUGGGCGCCGGACCCGCACCCACCGACCCCAUCGGGGAGGACGACGACCCGGGUGGACAGACAGAGGAGCUUACGAACGGUGCUGGUGCGGCUGAGCGGUCCUGUGGGGUGUCAGAACGCCCGCCCGGUCAGGGGAGUUCUCCUGACCUUAGGACUCCCGGGUCACUACCGGAGAGGUGUACGCAGGCCGUCCCUGCCGACAGCUCAUCAUCCGUGUGCCGCACCUGUGCCGCGGCCGGCCGGCGCUCUCCGCAGGCCGACACCGCCUCACCGGCGCUCAGAGCCCCCGGGAUCGCGCUGUCGCCUUCAACACCCUCACCUCCGCCGGCGUCACCAUCUCCGCUGCGAGUCGGCGGUGCGCCGGCGGACUCGGCGAGCCUGACGUCGGACAGCGCCCCGCCGCCGGCCGGCGGGGAGACCGGUGACAGCGAGGCCGACAGUCUGGAGAGUCCCAUCGAGCUGGGAUCUGACAGUGAACUAAUGGGCGCGUUUAUCGAGCACGAGGUGCAGCGCCGAGUCACCGAGCAGCUGGCCGUCCAAGAGCAGCGGCUGCGCGCCGAGCGGGCCCACCAGCAGCUGAUGAACGAGCGCCAGCUGGCGCGGCUGCACUUCACACACCAGAGGCAGAUCCGAAAACUCAAGAGCGCACUGAAUGGCAUGUACAGCAGUGUGUCGACCCUACCGGAGCUGGGGAGCGAGCCUCUCACCAUAGCAGAGGAGAGAGCGGCCAGCACACCGCGACUUAACGGCUCCGACUCGCCGCCGCCGGCCUCCGUGGUCACCGUGCCUCGCUACGUCCUGCGUGGCGCCGGCCGAGACGCUCACUUCGAGUACGAGAUACGGCUGUGCGCCGGCGGCGAGCGGUACACGCUGUACCGUCGCUUCCAGCGGUUCCGCGAACUGCACCGCUACGUGGCGCAGCGGUACGGCGAGCAGGCCACCGCUGCCGUCCGCCUGCCGCCCGCCAAACUGUUCGGAAGGACCUCAGAGACGCUGGCGAACGAGCGACGCGGUCAGCUGGAGGAGUAUUUAAGGCGGCUACUGGAGAAGUGCUCCGGCCUGGCCGGCUGCCCGCUGCACCUGGGCGUCACUCGGCGCACGCUGGCCGACUUCGCGCCAUUCUUCCAGCGUGGCGUGUUCGAGUUUACGCGCGCCAUGACCUCGUGACCUGGAGAGAGGCGGAGGGGCUCCGGCUGGCCCGCCGCUCUCUCGGUAUUUAUUGGAGGAUUCCCCUUGCGGCUGCCCUGGUUUGUGACUGUGGCUCUCUGUGGCUUGUUUUCGGAGCGGAGGGCUCACCCGAGUGACCGUGAAGACCGAUGCUGCAGUCUCACCGCAAGACAUUGUCUCUGUGGUGUGGUAAAGUGCGGGAUUUCGGGCUGCGGUUGUCGCAGCCGGGUGGUUCCCAGAUGUGUCGUUUGCGGGAGGUUGUCGUUGUUUGCUGUCCUGAUGGCUUGUGAAGGGGUUCUGUUGUGAGUUCAGAGCUCAAGUUCAACCAUGCGACUAAAGGGCGUAACUGGGAAUGGGGCGAGUUGUACUUGAUUGCCGGUGUACGCUCCGAAGUUGUCUUCUCUCCGUGAUGUGUGGUGAAUCGUAGGCGUGGCGAGAGAAGUUCGGGGCUUCUCUGACCGUCCAUCCAUCCCAAUAGCUUCCAGACUCUUCUUAUGGUUAUUUCCUUUCCAGGGACCAGCCAGUGCCAUUAGCACACCGAUUUUAUAGAUCUUUUACGGGAAUUCUACACUAGAAUGAUAAGGGGCAACAUCACAUAAAUCCACAGCGCUGGCAACAUAGCAUAAAUAUGCAUUACCUCCGCAGCACUAAAAUGAGCGCGUGCGUUUCAUUCAUAAAUAGAGGACACAAUUUUUUAUAAACCAGUGGCUUCACUCUGAAAAAAAAAUCGUUAUCAAAGAACGCUUUUUCAAUGCUUAUAAGAGCCAACCUGGUCUGCAUGUGACUUGCAUUUAAGUGCAGACCUAAACUAAUAUAUGCUGCUUCAUAACUCAAGUUGCAAAAGCUGCGAGGAAGUUUUGAUGAAAAUCUAAAAGUUUUCCCGCUAUUAGUUGUUGCGUCCUAGUUGAAGCCUUCAAAGUCUUGUAUCUCGCACAACCUGUUCCUGUUUACGGGCUUAAGUGGUUUAUCCGUGUAGCUACUGGCAGUGCCGUAUGGCGGCUGCGCGGCCCGCUGUUUCUAGCUGCUGCCGGCGGUAUUCUGUCUCCGUCGCUACUGGCAGUACUCUGUCUCUGGCUUCUGCCGGCAGUGCAGUGCCUCUAGCUGCCGGAACGGUCCUCUGUCGCUCUAGCUGGAUCCUCUGCCCCUGCAGCUGCUGGGAUGGUCCUCUGUCGCUCUAGCUGGGUCCUCUGUCCCUGUGGCUGCUGGAAUGGUCCUCUGUCGCCCGAGCUGGGCCCUCUGUCUCUGCAGCCGUCACGGUCCUCUGUCUCCGGGCGGCGGCGCGGUGCCGGCCAGCUGGCUGAGUUUGCUCGCCGGCGCCGCUCGAGUGGCCCUGUCCGGGUAUCAGCACGGCCCCGGCCCGGACGAUGACGCCAGAUUGAGGUCAGCGGCUGAGGGACAACAGCCCAGGGCCGCCGCCGAUGGCCGCACCGCGCCAAUAGGGUGGCUGGGCCGGUGUGGACAGACUUUUGAACUCUGGUAUCCGGUCGCUUCCAUAUUUUGGCUCCAUCUUUGACCUCCCGAAAGUCGCGUGGUUGGCUAAGGCAGGUAUUGUAUUCACCGCUUAAACAGGCUAUGACAUCUUCCACAACUUUUCGAGAGGUUAAAAGCAGAGUCAGAUCGCUCAAUCUGAGGGAAUAUUUACCCCAUUCCUUGUCUCCCGUGCCUUGCCGUCUACCAUGUGCCUGUAACUGCGUCACCGCUCUGCGGCCCCGCUGUCUGCGCCAGCCACUCCCGUCUGCAGCGCUGAUUGUCCGAGGUAUUUAUGUAGUCCUCUGGGAGUGACAGAUAUAGAUCAGUCUGGCUCCAGAGGACGGACAGAGACACAGUGCCCGCUGGCUGUCCGGGCCGGAGGGAGGGAGCCGAGACGGGUUAAUGAUGAAGGGAGUUAGUCUGCUGGGGUUGGCUGGACUACCCCUCCGCUCUGGUCUGGGAGAUACGCACAGAGUCGAGAAGAUACUGCUCCAUUCGCCGGACGAUUCAACUGUCUUUCACGAUGAUGCCUUAAAGGUGGGGCUUUGAUGCGGACUCGCGUCAUGUCGCCGCUGGUAUAGACAAGUAGACGCGAGUUAUUGCUCCGAGACAAACAGGGUACUGAUCGCGAGAUGCAUAAAGCCUGGUCACGAGCCCGCAGUACCUCCAUGUAUUCUACGGUUACGCACAUCAAGCGCACAGCACCAGUAAAAUGCGUACAGGCUUGGCUUUACAUGGUAACAUUAUGGGUAUUUACUGGGUCAUUGUGAGGUUCCUGCAGCACAAUACGUAUACAAUGGGGACAGCUGAUGCUAUUGGAGCUUUGUGUAGUUAGUGCACCGUUCGAGAUCUGAAAUGUAGACUUGUGUAGAGUGGAUGGGCCUGGCUCAGACCUGCAGUGUAAACUGAGUCGGUUGGGUCUUUCUCAUCUAUUGUGUAGACUGAGUCGAGACGAGACUCUGACUAGAGUCUCUACUGGAGAGCGACUCGCUAGUAGCUCUGAGUGGAAACCGGCCUCGACUCAGUCGAGGUGACGGUCGUUUCCCGAGUUCUCAGCAUAGAACUGUCGAGCUGCACUGCAAAGAUGACCGAACAACCCUACGCACUGGUUACUCGCUCCAUUAGGGAAACCGCGGGACGUAUUACUACUCUGAGCAUAAUAUCCUGCUACGUAUAUAAUGUGUGUAUUUGCUGGUAGAUUAGCUUCGAUGUGCAUGUUUUAAGUGCUGAAAAUAGUGUAUAUUACAACUGAGGUUGUUGGAUUACGUACCCAUGCUUUCAGGAGGAUUGUGCUUUUUGAUUGUUGUUUGACAGUGUGUUGAUGGGGUGUUCUUGUGAAGUGAGUUGCUGCUAUCACUGUCCCUCAGUCUUCGGUCUCCAUGAUAGAGAUCUGGCUUGUUUGUUGCUAUUCGCUAUCGGCAUUAUAUAUGCGCUGUUGCACUCCUGAACAAUAUUAGCGUUGCAAAUUGUAUUUCUGUACUUCAUUAUCCUCACUGUUCGUAAAUUUUCUUCAUGCAGUUUUGUUUUGUGCAUAACUCUUCAGUAACUGCACGGAUGCAUAUCUUUUAGAUUCACAAUCGAAACACAGCAGUCCUUCCUUGGAGAGCCAUUUUACCGCUGUUUCCUGUUCUGUCAUCCAACUCCAUGAGCGUUCAUUACCUUCUACCACUUUAACCCGCGCCCUGGUGGGGUCUGUUUAUAACGCGACCUGGUGGGGGGGGGGCUAUUUUUUGCCCCCCCUCGUAUCUCCGAAACUACUGGACGGAUCCGCAAAAUUCAAACGGCGUUCGAAAGGCCUGUCAAAUUUGUCGAAGGAAACCAAAUUUCAUUGACCUCGGGGUCACCGAUGACGUCACAGGUCAGGUCAAAGAUGAAAUGUUUCACCGUUCACGGGUCUUCUAAGGAAUGCGCUAUAACACCGAGGAAAACGCAUUUUGUCGAGAAUCAGCGAUAGGGCGUCAGUUGCCUAGUAGAUAUGUUGCUAUUAGAGGUCACUGACAAUACCAGGUCACGUCACAGGUCAGGUCACCAAGGGUCACAGGUCAGGUCACAUGAGCCCAACUUUACUAAGGUUGUGUGAUGCAUGUUUUAUGGCCAAUUUUUCAUUUCCAACUCAAUGGUGUUGGUUAUAAGACUAUCAGGUACGGCUUAGGUCACUUUCUGGUGAAGUUUAGGUCAAGGUCAGGUCAAGGUCAGGCCAAAAAAGGUCAAAUUUUAAAGUUGAUAGUUUUGCAUAAAAUGGGUAUUGAUUCGAUGCAGCUCGUCACGGGAAGUCUAAUGGUGGUCUUUGUUUUGCGCUACGGGGUCUAGAAUUGCUAAAAAUUGAGUUUGAAAAUUUGACGUCAUCAAUUUUGAACAGUUUUUUCACUAUAACUUCGCCAAAAAAAGAGGUAUCAAUCUCAAAUUUGGUAUGUGGAUGGAAGGCGGUAAGGACUAUCACAUAUAUUCCGUUUUUUGCGAAAUUCAAAAAACUUUUUGGAUUUUUCAAUCAUUAUAUCAAAAAAAAUAUUUUUUGAUUUUUGGGGGUCAAAAUCCAAAAAUUUCAAAAAUCCGAGAUAGCAGUUUUGUAGCCCUGUCAAUUCUACAGCUUUUAUGUCCUUAUCAUUUUUCUGUAUUUGCAAAGCUAUAGGCCUGACAGCUCUUCCCGCGAAACCCUUUUUUGGGUCGAAAACGGCAGAACAUGACGUCACUCUGACGUCAUUUCCGGCCAACCUAUCAUAGCCUUUGGAAAAAUUUUUGGUCACCAUAUGUAAAAUUGAUGUCCGGGAGGGUACUGAAAGUUUGGUUACGAUCGGCGCAGCGGUUCUGGAGAUAUAUCGAAAAGUCUGGAGGGGGGGGCAAAAAAUAGCCCCCCCCCCACCAGGGCGCGGGUUAAGAGGAGCUAGACAUCGAACUUUGGUGUCAACAAGGGCAUGCAUGUAAUUUGACACACUGCUGAGUGCUGACUAUAUAUAGUUGAUGCCUGUCGAUGUUUACAAACAGCGCUGCUGACUAUAAACAGACGAGUACCGUAGUGCCUGAACCUCGGAAGCUUUAAAUCCGUCCCGUUUGGUACCGUUCCAUUACGACGUCUGUCUUCCACCACCACUUUCCGCUGGAGAAAGUGGCGGUCACGGAAUUUCCUUUACUGAGCAUUGCGUGGGUCACGUGACCUCUUUCGUGGAGUCGUACGCCUACCAUCCUACAUUGCUGAAAGAAAAACAACGAAUGACUUGUGAAGUCUUUUACGGUUUAUGUGUUCGGAGCUGGUGAAUUCAUCGCCGUUUUUGGCUUGCGCAAAUGAUGUUUCUUGGCUUUCUCUGUGUGCCGGAGUGUAUGUACUGUGUGUUAUCUAUCGCCUUUGACGCGUGUAUAACCCCCGAGUGGCUGGCUCGUGUCGAAAUGCGAGGCCGGUUGUGUGGCACAGUGUCCAAUGGACAGUACGAGUAAACUCGUGUGUGACAAUACAGGGUCUCGGAGUGACGUA